AGCGACAUGGCCUAGGCUGGGGGGCGGCCUGCGCUCGGCCCCGGCGGGCGGGCGGGGCGCGGGUCGGCGGCGAGGGGCAGGCCAGGCCGGCGGCAGCUGGAGCAAGUGCGGGCCCAGGCGGCCCGGCGGGGAUGAGCCAUGGCUUCGGUGAAGGUGGCCGUGCGAGUGCGGCCCAUGAACCGCAGGGAGAAAGACCUUAAUGCAAAGUUUAUUAUUUCAAUGGAAAAAAAUAAAACGACAAUCACAAACUUAAAGGUACCAGAGGGUGGUACUGGAGACACAGGACGAGAAAGAACUAAGACAUUUACCUAUGAUUUUUCCUAUUUCUCAGCAGACAGUAAAAGUCCCAGCUUUGUUUGUCAAGAAAUGGUUUUCAAAAAUCUUGGUACAGAUGUGCUUAAAUCUGCUUUUGAAGGUUAUAAUGCUUGUGUUUUUGCAUAUGGACAGACUGGAUCUGGGAAGUCCUACACCAUGAUGGGAGACGCGGGUGAUGCAGGUUUAAUACCUCGAAUUUGUGAAGGAUUAUUCAGCAAAAUAAGUGAAAAAACAAAGCGCAAUGAGGCAUCCUUUCGAACAGAAGUCAGUUAUUUGGAAAUUUAUAACGAACGUGUGAGAGAUCUGCUCAGACGGAAGUCAUCAAAAACUAAUAAUUUACGAAUACGAGAACAUCCAAAAGAAGGGCCUUACGUUGAGGAUUUGUCUAAACAUUUAGUGCAAAAUUACGCUGAUGUAGAGGAACUUAUGGAAGCAGGAAAUAUAAAUAGAACGACAGCUGCAACCGGAAUGAAUGAUGUCAGUAGCAGGUCGCAUGCCAUUUUCACGAUCAACUUCACUCAGGCUAAAUUUGAUUCUGAAAUGCCUUGUGAGACUGUUAGCAAGAUUCAUUUGGUAGAUCUUGCUGGAAGUGAGAGAGCAGAUGCCACUGGUGCCACAGGGGUUAGAUUAAAGGAAGGAGGGAAUAUUAACAAAUCUCUCGUUACUCUGGGAAAUGUAAUUUCUGCCUUAGCUGAUUUAUCUCAGGAUGCAACAAAUCCUCUUUCAAAGAAGAAACAAGUGUUUGUGCCUUACAGGGACUCUGUGUUGACUUGGCUGUUAAAAGAUAGCCUAGGAGGAAACUCUAAAACUAUAAUGAUUGCCACUAUUUCACCUGCUGAUGUCAAUUAUGGAGAAACUUUAAGUACACUUCGCUAUGCAAAUAGAGCCAAAAACAUCAUCAACAAGCCUACUAUUAAUGAAGAUCCUAACGUCAAACUGAUCCGUGAACUGAGAGCUGAAAUAGCCCGAUUAAAAGCCCUGCUUGCUCAGGGGAAUCAGAUCGCACUCUUGGAUUCUCCAACAGCGUUAAGUAUGGAAGAAAAGCUUCAGCAGAAUGAAGCAAGGGUACAAGAACUGACCAAAGAGUGGACAAACAAGUGGAAUGAAACUCAAGAUAUUCUGAAAGAACAAACCUUGGCUCUGAGGAAAGAAGGGAUAGGUGUUGUGUUAGACUCUGAACUGCCUCAUCUCAUUGGCAUUGAUGAUGAUCUGCUCAGUACUGGUAUCAUCUUGUAUCACUUGAAGGAGGGUCAAACGUAUGUUGGCAGAGAAGAUGCUGCGACAGAACAGGAUAUUGUUCUUCAUGGCCUUGAUUUGGAAAGUGAGCAUUGCAUCUUUGAAAAUCUCAACGGUACCGUGAAUCUAAUACCACGGAACGGAGCGCAGUGUUCUGUGAAUGGUAUUCAGGUUACAGAGGCCACACACUUAAACCAAGGUGCUGUUAUAUUACUUGGAAGAACCAAUAUGUUUCGCUUUAACCACCCCAAAGAAGCUGCUAAGCUGAGGGAGAAAAGAAAGAGUGGACUGCUGUCGUCCUUCAGCUUGUCUAUGACGGAUCUUUCAAAAUCUUGUGAGAACCUGUCAGCGGUUAUGCUUUAUAAUCCAGGUCUUUUCCCUGUAAAAGGACCGAUCUGUCUAAGGCUAGAAUUUGAGAGACAACAACGAGAAGAGCUUGAAAAAUUAGAAAGUAAAAGGAAACAAAUAGAAGAGAUGGAAGAAAAACAAAGAUCUGACAAAGCAGAACUUGUAAGAAUGCAGCAAGAAGUAGAGUCACAGCGCAAAGAGACAGAAAUAGUACAGCUGCAAAUUAGAAAACAGGAAGAGAGUCUGAAACGGAGAAGUGUUCACAUUGAGAGCAGGUUAAAGGAUUUGCUGGCUGAAAAAGAAAAAUUUGAAGAGGAGAGAUUACGGGAACAACAGGAGAUAGAGCUUAAAAAAAAAAAGCAGCAGGAAGAAAUUUUUGCCCGAGUCAAAGAGGAGCUGCAGCGACUGCAAGAACUUAAUCAUAAUGAGAAAGCAGAGAAAAUGCAGAUUUUCCGUGAACUAGAAAAACUUAAAAAGGAAAAAGAUGAACAGUAUAUUAAGCUGGAAUCAGAGAAGAAGAGACUUGAAGAACAAGAAAGGGAGCAGGUGAUGCUGGUGGCUCAUCUAGAAGAACAGCUUCGAGAGAAGCAGGUCAUGAUAGAGCUCCUGAAGAGAGGGGAUGUACAACGAGUUGAAGAAGAGAAAAGAGAUCUUGAAGAUAUUAGAGAAUCUCUUUUGAAAGUCAAGGAAGCCCGAUCUGAAGGUGAUGAAAACUGUGAAGAGUUAGAAAAAGCACAGCAUGAUUUUGUAGAGUUUAAAAGGAAGCAACUGGAACAGUUAACUAUUUUGGAAAAAGAUUUAGUUCAACAAAUAGAUCACCUAGAAAAGGAAAUAACAGAUGAAAAAGGAGCUCUGGAACGCUUAAAAUUUGCACAUGAAGAAGACUUAAAUCUCAAGAGAGAUGAUGAAAACUUUGUGGAUGCCAUCCUCAAGGCUGAAGAAGUUGACAAGAUAAAACCAGCGGAGUACAGGCUCCAAUCUAAAGUACGCCAGCUUGAGUACCUGAAGAGUAAUCACUUGCCUGCUCUGCUGGAAGAAAAACAAAGAGCUUCUGAAGUCCUUGAUAGGGGCUUGCUAGGGUUAGAUAAUACUCUCUAUCAAAUAGAGAAAGAAAUAGAAGAAAAAGAAGAGCAGCUUGCCCAGUAUAAAGCUAGCACAAAUCAGCUGCAGCAGCUUCAAGAAACCUUUGAAUUCACAGCCAAUGUAGCUCGUCAGGAAGAAAAGGUUCGGAAGAAGGAAAAAGAAAUCCUCGAAUCAAGGGAAAAACAGCAGAGAGAGGCACUGGAGCAGGCUGUUGCUAAGUUAGAAAGGAGGCACUCUGCUUUGCAACGUCGUUCGACAAUAGACUUUGAAAUUGAAGAGCAGAAGCAGAAGCUUGCCACCUUGAACAACAGCUGCAGCGAACAGGCGGGUCUGCAGGCUAGUCUAGAAGCGGAGCAAAAAGCCCUCGAACAAGACCGAGAACGCCUGGACCAGGAAAUUCAGCAGCUGAAGCAAAAAAUAUACGAGGGUGAUGGUGGUCAGAAAGGAAAUCAUGGAACAUUUGAAGAGAGACUCUCCCAUACCACCUCCCCUACCAGCCCAACAAAGCCACAGCCACCCGCUGCUCCGCUAGUUGAUGAUAGGAUAAAUGCCUUUAUUGAACAAGAAGUGCAGAGAAGGCUCCAGAAUAUUCAUCAUAAAGCUGAGGAUAAUGAUUUUAGCCUGUCCUGGUCGACAGAAAGUUUAAAGGAUAAUGAGAGGCUUAAUAAUGGCACUGUUCAACGCAAGCUGAAGUAUGAGCGGAUGGUCUGUCGUUCUCUGGGAGCAAAUCCAGACAACCUAAAGGACCCAAUUAAAAUUAGUAUUCCACGCUACGUCCUGUGUGGGCAGGGAAAGGAUGAACACUAUGAGUUUGAAAUAAAGAUAACAGUCCUGGAUGAGACAUGGACAGUAUUCAGGCGGUACAGUCGUUUUCGAGAAAUGCAUAGAACUUUAAAACUGAAGUACCCAGAGCUUGCCACUUUAGAAUUCCCUCCAAAGAAGCUCUUUGGAAACAAGGAUGAACGAGUAAUUGCAGAACGGCGGAGUCACUUAGAGCCCAGGGGCAGGAGGUGAGGUUUUGGCAAAGAAGAAGAGGUGUGAACAAAGACUAAACCAUACACCCCGCAACUAUAUGGUAGCCACAUGGGGAUUACCUGAUCAUGCAAGUCAUUAAGAAUUAUAUUCUUUGUAGAGCUAAAGUAGCAUUAAGUAGAGCUUUACAGAAAUUAAUAUAAUAGUAGAUUGCUUCCAACUGGAAUCUUUUCUUGCAUGUUUUGAAUUUUUUCUACGUAGUUCACCUUUUCUUUGAUCUACAAACAAAACAUCCUCCCACUGACUUUUGAUGUAAGGCUGUCUUACAUGUAGCACAAAAUGUAAUCUGUUUUUUGUUUCAUGUCCUCUAUAGAGGGCAUAAAGGCACGGCCACAUUACAGUCUAGUACUCAAUUUGCGUAUUUUUUGUACCGGUAAAAAAUUUAAUCCCUUAAUCUUUCUGACCUUUCAUUGAUUUACUGACAGAUUUUAUUGUAGUGUUUCUAAAUGUUAAAAGUGCUGCGUAUAGCGAUGCUUUGAUCAUGGUCAUAUAGUACUUACAGCUCUCUAUAUAGCCAGUUUUUAGCUUAAAAUUAAAUUGUAUCUAUUUUAACUAAAUUAAGCCAUUAAAACUUAUUACAUAGAUAUUUUGCAAACCUAAUAAUAAUAAUAUAUGACCACUGUUCACAUGAAUAUAUUUCGCCAUAUGCCAGAUAGCACACUUGGUCAUGACUCGAUAACCCUGACAAAUCAUUCAGCGUUGGAGAAACUGAAGAUCCCCCGUGGCUAAGGGAAAGCUAGAUAAAGAGGACAAGGAGCCAAGCAAAUGUUACCAUCCUUGUCAUGAGGAAUUUGAUGCAACAAGCUGGUCAAAACCCCUUUUAUGUCUGGAUCUCUAAUAGCGGUAUUUUCUUUUCACUACCUAUUUUGCAGCGGUUUGUUCUGGCUUUGCCAACGGCUGGAGAGUUUCAGCUAACAUAGCUGUAGCCUCCUUGGGAAUGAGUGGGAGAAACCACCUAAGUGGUGAUGGUUUCCAAAGUCACGUAACGCUUUAAAGCGCAUCUUGAGUUAUACUGGGAAAGUAUUUGGCAGGCAGAGAAAGUGCGACAAUGGAAGAUGGCACAGGCACCGCUUCUAUUUAAAAUACUGGCUGUUGCUGCCUCGUGGCUUUCGAUCUGGCAUGAACCUUGAGCACACUUCAGUGGGCUAACUGGAAAGUAGUAAAUGGAUGGAUUGCCUCUGUAAGGGACGAGGUUUCUUGGCCUUUUGACUGUAGCACGUUUCUCACGUGGAAAUUCCAUCAGGUAAAAGGUGAGGGCGUUAGACCUUGGUAAUAAGCAGAAGCAUGGCUUGUAUUCAGUUGGCUUUCAUACCUGAUCCUGUACCUUGAUGUGCUGAAAACCCUUUGCAAUCUCUUUCGAGCCUCGCAGGUGAUGUGUUGUUACAGCUGUGGUAUGGUAUGAAAGCUUAUUUGAUUGUUCUGCGUGGUUAGUCAAGAACUAGUGAGCUAAUACAGCCUUUUUAGAAAAAGCAAAGCACAACUUCCAGGCCAACAAAAAUGUAUAUUCUUAUCCAACAUCUGAGCUGAUGUUGUUGACUAAAAAUAGAUGACAGCCUGACAAAUAUCAGUCUGAUAAGUGUUCUGAACAAAUACUCUGUACUGUAAGAUCAUUAGUAGAGCUGUCAUCCCGCUGGUGGAUGACAAAGAAAUUACUCUGUUCUUCCAGUUUUUACAUUAGGUAUUUAUACAUCUUGAAUAUGCUGUGACUUCAUGUUGUUUUUCCUGAACUUUUUGGAUUGAAGCGGGAUGGUACAGUGUUGGCGAGUCCAGUGCUUUCCACAGGUCAUCUCUGAGCACCAGCAGUUUCUUUUUCUAAUUGACUUUUUUUGUCUUUUUAAGUAUGCACAUAAAUUAACAUUCAAACUCCACAAUGUACACCUGUGUGAGAGAUAAGACAACUUAAUCUGUCAUAUCAGUCAAACAGGCUGACGAGAGUAUUUGCUGGAAUUAGCAGUUGGUUACUGAAAUGGCCUUGCAGGCUCUCUUUCUUUACAUCAAAACUAAAUGGCAGCUCUCAGUCUGAUCUGGGAAGGUGAAGCAGAUAGACUGGGAGUCAUCGUAGGAGCAAAGCUACUCUUCCAAUUAAUUAAGCACGCAACAAUCAGAGAGCUGGUUCUAGUGCAGAUAGCUAAACUGUUGCUUUAUUUGACUCAAUUUGGCUUUAGUCAGGGAAAUUUUCCUUGUGCCUAAUCAUAGAAAGAUUUGUCCAAAACAUCCCUUGCAGGACAGUUUAGGAAGAGUUUGUUUUUACUACGCAUCACCUCUUGGAUUCUUGCCAGAGCAGAAGUGCUGAGGACAACGGGGGGGGUUGUGUUACCUUUCAAGGCAACUAGGAUCAGGGAGGCUGGCUGUAGGGUUUGCUUUCUUCGAAGAUUGUCAUGUAGAGUUACCUUAUUUCAGCUUGAGAUUAGAAGUGGGUGUAUUUCAUCGUAGUGGAGAUGAAAUUACUUGGGCUAAAAGACUCCAGAGAGCCCCAAAUUACGAGGAUUGUGAUUUAAGAUCACAAUAUAUGUAAAGCCUAUGUAAAACAUGAAGUUCCUUUAUUUAUCCUAGCUGGUACAAAUGCUUAAUAACCAAAAGCUUCACAAUACAUUGUUGGUAGGAAAACACAUUUUGUGUACAUUUUUGUGUGAGAUGAACCCGAGGAGAAGUCUUUGAUCUUCUGAGUGUGAUGCCAUCUUUGCUUUGGUGUUUGUUGGUAGAAUAUAAAGUCUUUUGACCAAUAUCUUACAUUUCUAUUGAGGGUUGGAAAAAUAACAGGCAAGUUUGCACAGAGGUUUUGGCUAAACAUCUUAAGAGAAAACACCUAAAUUGUAUUUAAAAUUACCUAUCUGAAAUGUCCUAUUGCAAUCUAUUAAUUUAGUAUUUCAUCAGGGACCUGUUGCAGGGCAAAACUCUAAAUUAAUUGUUCCACAGUCUAAAGACUGUAAUUUCACUUCAGAGCCAACCUUGCUUGAUUAAAUCCGCCUUAAAUGAAACAGCCAAGAAUUCUUUUGAUUAAAGUUAAUGAAUAGAAGUUAGUGUGUAUCUAUCCUUUCAUGCAAUUAGAAAUCAGUAGAUAACAGUAUAGGAUCCUUUUUUAAAUGAAACCAGAUGAUGUAUAUUCCUUUUUUUAUUUUUUAAGCAAAAACUUUGUAAAGGAAACACAUGUCGCAAGAGAUACGUGAUUCAGUGAAUGUAUCUGUUCCUGUUUUAACUGCAGAAUAUCUUUUAUUCCUUGGUGAGUUGCUAGAUCUGUGGAUGACAGUAAAAAGAAGUUUUCCUGAAAUCCCACCUUCUUUGGAAACUGCAUUUCUGUAUCAUAUCAUUCCCCUCUUUAUUUUUCUUCCUCUCCUGGACUCAUGCUUUGUUAUAGUAAUGGACAUUAUUAUUAGCCUCAUUUUCCCAUUGUGCAGCCAGAAAAAUGGGGUAGGAGUAACUGUCUAAGCUGACAUAGCAGAUUGAGUCGGGUUUCUUGACUCCUUGGUGAGAAGCCUUGCAGCCAUGGACCCCCCUAGGCUUUCUUUUCUACUCUUGCUGUCACCAGCAUGCUUAGGAAAAGAAAAUAUUGUUAUGCCUACAAAAAUCCCAACAGAUUAUUGCUUAAAGGAAAACAAAAACUGCCCCAAACCUCAGCCUGUCUCCUUGCCUCUGUUCCCUGUUUCCCAUUCUCUGUUCCCGCUGCUGCAUUUCCUCAGGUUGGUUUGUGGACAGCAAAGGGGAACACGCAAAGUCCCCGAUCGAGGAUGCCCCAACGUAUAGCAAAACAGUCGGUAGGAGUCGUGUUUUUCCUUUUGCUGCUACUUACAGAGCUCGGGGAUGAAAGAAAGUCAACCUGUAACAGUAUGGUAAAGCGAGCCUACGUCAAGUUUUGUAGGAACACAUAUAUCUUCCUGGCGUUGUCUCUGCUCUUCGUUUUUCUUGGUACUUUGAACCUCUUUAAAAGAUAGACACGCUCAAUUUAUUUAAAAUUAAUAACACAAUUGUCCUUAACCUCCUCACUUCCUGAUGUCUGCUGAUGAGGUUUUCAGUGAUAGGUGUUAAUGCAGGAGGCAGAAAUAAAUCUUGUAUGAACUGCAUAAUUCAAUUAUCCUCUCGGAUCUGUAGCACUGGCUGGGGAAAGCAUCGCAGACACUGAACUGACUGAAAUAUCAGUUACCUACGGUCAAAAUUAAGCUUCCAAAAUAAGUUUCUUUAACUUAGAAGCCAAAUGCUUUGUUUUGGUUUUAGUUUGUAUUUUCACUUGAGUUCCUUUGGAGGUCAUAAUUUCUAGGUUGGUUUUUUUUGUUUGUUUUGUUUUUAUAAGGCUCUAA